UCAGCAGAAACCAGAUGCCCAGGCGACUGUUGAAUCUGCCUUGUUCUAUACCGAGCGCUCCGGCCCUUGCCGCGGAGAAAGCGCGGGGCCGCACGGCUGGUGGGUAUUCGGCCACUAGCGGAGCAUAUCAACGACACCCGUUUGAAUGGGCCGUUCAUUUUUAACAUCCACUUCGCAUCCACUGUGACAGCCGCAUUUCGAACAGGUGGAAAUUACAAAAGUGCUCAAGACAUCACUCAGUCGCUCAAUUAAGACGACUUGGCACCCUGUAACCCCCCCCCCCCCUCGGUCACUCCUCCAGCGCUUCUUAAGAGAAUGAGUCCCCCCGUCUUAAGCCCGACCCUGGACCAGCGGCCCACGGUGCGACUGGACCAGGGGACGUACAUCGGCACAACCCUCGCGGAACCCGAGUUCCCGCGCGUCGUGGAGGCCUUUCUCGGCGUUCCGUACGCAAGAUGCGAACGUCUUCGGCGUGCGGUACCUCCCAAGGCCUCGGCGGACACCUUUGACGCCUCGGACUACGGCCCGGUGUGUCCGACGGCUGACCCCUCGCUUCCGUCUGACGAGCAGUGUCUUAAUGCCAACGUCUUUCGCCCGACAGAGGCAGGCGAGAGCAAGCGUGUCCAGGGCGUCAUGGAACAGGGGAAGAAGGUGCCCGUGCUAGUUUACAUCCACGGGGGCGCCUUCAACUUUGGGCGUGGCGGGGACAGGAAUCUGGCGGCCUUUGUUGCGUUUGCAAAGCGCGACCUCGUCGCCGUGAGCUUCAACUACCGGCUCGGACCGCUGGGCUUCCUCCCCUGCGGCGUCGCCGCGCGCGAGGGCAUCGCGAACAACGGGCUGCUAGACCAGAGGACCUUGCUGCAGUGGGUCCAGCGGAACAUCGCCGCGUUCGGCGGUGACGAGCAGGACGUCACGGUCAUGGGCUUCAGCGCAGGCGCGCACUCGCUCGGCCACCACGUCCUCUCGCCACCUUCCCGCGCCCUCUUCCAUCGCGCGAUUCUCGAGUCGGGGGCGCCCACGGCCCGCUCCGUCCUUUUGUCGACGCACCCCCGCCAUGAAGCGCAGUUCGCCCGGUUCCUCACCCACGCCGGCGUGUCCGGUGAUGCGCCCGACCAGGUCCUUCCCGCCCUGCGCGCUCUGCCCCUCCGGACCCUUCUGGACGCCUCGCUGGCGACCUGGGCCGAGGGCGCGGCCUCCGUCCAGUGGCCGUUCCAGCCCUCCGUUGACGGCGAGGAGGACAGCAUCAUCCCUCAACCGCCCAUCCAGGCCUGGGCAUCCCCCUCGCUCCCUCAACCGCCGCCCCUGGUCACAGGCUUCAAUGCCUCCGAGGGGACAAUGUUCGUGCCCGCCGCCGCGUCCUCGCCUACGGCCCUGGCCGACUUCUUCUCCGGCCUCAUCCCCGCCCUCACCCCGCAGGACCUCGGGCUCCUUGAGUCCCUCUACCCGCCCGCGUCGACCUACCCUCCCCCGCCGACCCCGGCCCACGGCGUCCAGUUCCGGCGUCUAGCGCAGGCCUACGGGCAUUACGGCUACAUCGCGCCGCUCCUCCACUCGGCGCACUUGGCCUCCGCCAAGGGCGCUCCUGUGUGGGUGUAUGAGUACGCCGCGCACGCGGACCUCGCCGCCGCGAACCACGGCGACCACGUUCCCGCCGCGACUCACGACACCGACGUCCUCUCGGAGCACAGGACGCCCGGCCUGCUCGCCGUCUCGGACGCGAUGCACGGGUACUGGUCGUCCUUCGUGGCCACUGCCGAGGGGCCCAACGCCCUCCCCAACGCCAGCGGUGUCGCCUGGCCGCGCUUCGUCAGCCCCUUUGGCGGCGACGCCGCGGGCGACUCGGUCCCGGACCCGGAGGACCCGGGCGAGACGCGCGGCAGGAUCCUCGUGUUCGGCGAGGGCAACGACGAGCUCAUGGGGAGGAAAGGCGAGCGGCAGAGGGGCGCCGUGGCGCGGGUGCGGACGCUGACGGGGCUCGAGAUCCAGCAGUUCCGGUUCUGGUGGGAUAGGGUCGCGCUGAGCGAGGGUAUGGGGGGUUGCUGAGACGCCUGGCCAUUGCUGCUAGCCUAUGCUUGUUGUCCUGCACAUAGUGAAAUGUUCUGCACAAGAGGAACGAAACGGCAGCGUAGUCUACGCUAGCAUCGGCAUGGUUGACAAAGGAAUAUUCAUUCGAACAUGUCUAGAACAGCUUUGCUCCUAGGUCGAAUCGACCCGGCUAAGUCCCUGCUUUCCUUACCACCUAACUGAUAUGCUAAAUCCUCAAACUUUUCUCAUGCAGCAGCUCCCCCUGCCGUCGAGGCAGGAAUGACUGCUUAUCCCCAGGCCGCAUCAGAUUACAUUACCCGUGCGCCUUCAUUAUCUUUAUAUACACCCUAUUAGAUUGAAGC